AUGUUUAGCCGUCGCGAGGUUGACGCACUCUUCGGCGACGCGGCGCGGGUGCUGCAGCGAUCACAAUUGCUGCUCGACGAACGCACGCCCCACACCCCAUCCCCAUCCACAUCCCACUCACAAACAUACAUAUCCACAUCUACAUCUGCACACGCACACACACACACACCGUACUCCUACGCCGCCUCUCACUCCUAUGGUGUACUGCCGCCCUCCCCGUCGCUGGAGGCCGCCCUGCGGGGACUCCGCCGCCUCGCAGACGCCGACGCGUUUCUCGACGCCACGAACGCCGUCGCCCGGCGGCUGCGGGACGAGUCGCAACGCCCGACCGCCGCGAUGCAAAAACGCCGCCGCCACCGCCGCGCCUGCCCGCUUCUCCGCCGCGUGGUCGACGGCCUCGCACACGUCCAGCACGAGUGGCGCAGUGCCGACAACACACCGGCGGGGUCUGUCUGGGCCGACGCCGCCCCACUCGCGCAGUCGUUGUUGCUCGCAGGUCUCUUCGCCGACUUGGCGCACACAAUAGCGACCGCAGCGGCUACACACAACGCGAUGCUGCAGGAAAUGACCACAUCCGGCGAACUGCCCACACUGCACGAGCCACACACAGACGAGUUGCUCGAUCAACUCUGCAGAGCCAGGGCGGGACUACCAGAGGAAGAUGUAGAGUCCAUGGACGCACAGAUUGUUCGAGUUAUAUGCAACUUGCCCAAAACUGAACUGGAAUCGGUAGUACCAUCAGAAAUUUCUGCAUUACUUUUGUUUCCUUCACUGAUUCCAUACAUAGUCUUGCAUGUCUCUCCGACCCUCACUGACACUAAUAUUCUUAAACCAGUGGAACGUGCUGCAACCAAAUUGCUUCCCAUGUAUCUCAAUGAGAACUUUCUAGACUUCCGUCGUGCAUCCAAACAACUCGUGCAGCAUGUUGUGCUUAUAGGAGUGUAUGUGGCAUUAGGUCAACAAUCAAUGCCUUCAUGGGGGUUGCAACGUGUAAUAGGCUUUACAAAACAACUCUUUGAUGCUUUUCUUAUUCCUGUUGAGACGGCAUUUGCUUCAUCAUUACCCCGUGCAGGUGUGACAGAAGAUGUGCGUGAAGGUGUUGCCGAGCCGCUCUGCCGUUUAGCACGGUCUUGGAUACAAUGGGAGAAAAAAAAUGAUAGUUCUACUACUUGUACUGUUGCGGGAGCAAAGGUUCUUUUGCCGUUGUGGUGCACCGCUAGCUACCGUGCCCUCAUUGUAGUGGAGUCGCUUGCGCAUGCUGAACUUGGAGUUGUGAGUGGACGAGGAAAUGCAACGGUACAACAGAAGAAAUACUAUUCUAUGCUUCAGCAGUCAAACGGGAAGGUUACAACCGCCAUUCUGUCAGCUGUUACAGAGGAUAGACAACUGCUUUAUGAAGAGACAACAGCUCGUUCAACACAUGGGCAUAAAGUGUUCCGCAUUCAUGAAGGUACUUCUGGUCCUUCUGUGUUUGUAUACCUUGACAAUGGUACUGUGUACAUGAAGGUAGGACGUGAACGUGUGUUCCGCCGAGCUAAGAGUGUGGAGGACGUUUUUAGUGUGUUUGUUAGCACUACACCCUAA